CGUCGGAGCGCGGCGGCAGCAGGAGGGAGCGGCUCUGGUAGAGCGACAUCCACGGAGAGUGGAGGAAAGAGAGAGAGAGCGCAGCGCGGCGGACGGGUGGAUGACGACAGACAGUCAGAAUGCGUGAAUACAAACUGGUUGUUUUAGGAUCAGGAGGCGUCGGCAAGUCAGCGCUGACUGUCCAGUUUGUUCAGGGAAUCUUCGUUGAAAAAUACGACCCGACGAUAGAGGACUCGUACAGGAAGCAAGUGGAGGUCGAUGGACAACAGUGUAUGCUGGAGAUCCUGGACACAGCAGGAACAGAGCAGUUCACGGCGAUGAGGGACCUGUACAUGAAGAACGGUCAGGGCUUCGCUCUGGUUUACUCCAUCACGGCUCAGUCGACCUUUAAUGACCUUCAGGACCUCAGAGAGCAGAUCCUCAGAGUGAAGGACACCGAGGACGUGCCGAUGAUCCUGGUCGGGAACAAAUGCGACCUGGAGGUGGAGCGAGUCGUGGCCAAAGAGUCCGGCAUCGGCCUCGCGCGCCAGUGGAACUCCUGCGCUUUCCUGGAGACUUCGGCCAAGAGCAAGAUCAACGUCAACGAGAUUUUCUACGACCUCGUGCGACAGAUCAACAGGAAGAGUCCAGUCCCGGGCAAAACUCGCAAAAAGUCCACCUGUCAGCUUCUCUAAUGACAGUUUCCUGCUCACCUGACCGACAACCAUCCAACCAACCAACCAAUCACGGGACAUCUUCCAGCUGGCCACGCCCCUUUAACAUAGCCACAUCAUCAUCAGCCACCACCUCUGACCUCUGUUACCACGACGACCACACCUCCUGCACCCCCACCCCCCCUCACGGAGACUGUUGCCGUGGCCACGUUUAAACCAAACAUCAACAAAACUGCAGCGUUGAUGAUGACGAAGAUGUUACUGCAGGAAUUCGGGGGAAUGGGGGGGAGGGGCGGAGCUGUUCAAACAUCUGCCCAAAUGUAAACUACGGUUCCCAUCAUGCUCUCUGCUUGGCCAUUUUGCGCUGGGGGAGUGGCUUCUUGCUUUUAUUUUGUUUUUAAAUGUUUAUUUUUUCUCUUUUUUUUUUUCACAGAGUCGCUCACUCCUUUGCCGUCGGCCAUGUUGGUUCCGCUGUUACCAUGGUGAUAUUGUAGCUAACAUGGCUGACUGAUGUGUGUGUGUGUGUGGCUCUGGUUGAACCUGUGGAUUCAUACAGUGAUUCUUCUUCUUUAUUAUUAUUAUUAUAGUGGUUAUAAUUAUGAUUAUGUGUGUAAAAAUAUAAAAUUAAGUUCAUGUUUUUGUUUUUUUGGGGGGGUCCGGGGGGUUAGCAUGCAGCAGGCGGGGCACCAGCUCACUGUGUUGUUAGCUUUGUGCUACAUUGAGUUAGCUGACCACUUAUCUUGUGAAAGGGAUCGCUACCCUGCUAAUUCACUGUUAUUGACAUGUUAGCCUAGCAGCUAUUCAAGUGUAUUGCCAUUUGUGGUGUGUUAGCAUACCCCUCAAAAUGGUCAUAGCACCUGUAAGUGUAGCUACCGUUCAAACCUGCUAGCGUUAGCCAUCCGUCUUGCUAGACUUUAAUGUGAAAGAGAAAAACAGUUAGCCGAUUAUGUCAGGGAAUGCUAAUGCUAAUUUUUAUUAUUAUUAUUAUUAUUAUGUUGAGAUAGUUGUUGGCAUUCCUUGCACAAAGAGGUGUAUAUUAGCUAAUAUUCCAGUGAUAGCGUGAGCAGUCGCUAGCAAUGCUAACACACGUCUUUACGGGAGUACUAGAAUUGUUAGCAUGUUCACAUAAAAUAGUGUUGUGAAGCCAUCUUGUCAGGCUUCCAGUAUGAGCCGCGUUGUUGUGGGAUUGGAAUGCUAACGGUGGCGCUCGUGUACUGGUUUGUGGAGAGCUUUAGCUGUGUUUGCUUUUUCUGUAAAUAAUUGUAAAAGUAACGGCUGCUGUUAGCCUGCAUGCUAGCUAGCUUGUGGCGCCAUUGAAAUAUAAAUGCGAUAUUUUGUGUUUGUGCGCGUGGAGGGGAGGAUGCUAAUGCUAACAAUUCUAGACUCCUAAAAUGAACUAAUAAACGGUAACUUCAGGCUAGCUGGUUAGCGGCACAGUGAGCUGACCUCUGACCUGCUGCUCAGGGCGGACGUGUUGCCUUUAAGACAGCAGACUCACACUGGUCCAGUACUUUUUGCUCUGUGUGUGUAUGUGCGCGUGUGUGUGUGUGUGUGUGAGUAACUACAGUGAACCGGGUCCGUUUCUAUGACAACCAUUGGCCCGAGGCGGGGGGCGGGGGGGGGGGUGUAUUGACAUAGCAGGACAGCCAGCAAAUGACGUUUCUGUUAUUAUUGAUUUUAUUAACAACACAUUUAAGAGGAAAACACUGAGUUCUUUUUAACUAAACGCAUUAAACUAAAAUUUUACAGGAAAAAAAUGAAGAGCAUGCUCAGAUCAGUAGGUGUCGUGUUCCAUGCGCUAAUUUUUAUGCACAUUUUCAAUUUGUGCAAAAAAAUCUUGUGUAAAAACACCAAAAAAUAUAACGUAAAUGAUAUUUUUUACACUCGGUUGACCUGGAAAACCUGCGCUUUACUCACUGAGGAAUGUUUUUUCACGACAAACCCAACCCUCUGGUGUUUAAACAAACAGUAUGUGCUAAUUUGACGUGACCUAAGUGUUAUCGGAGACACGCCGGUGGUUUUCAGCGUAAAUAAUCUCAUAAAUAUAUCAGUAUCAUUGGCUAAGUUGAGACAAGAGGGGGCGGGUCUAGAAGGUGAAGCCACGCCCAUGGGGGCAUGGCCAGUGUUUGUUUGAAACGUGAGCGCGUGUACAGAUGCUGUGUGUUCGGGCCAGUGACCUCUGUGAGUACUGCUGCCCAGUGUUGUACGAGCAGAAGCGCCGCAGUAGCACCGCGCGGUCAUGUUCAGUCAUGUAGCAUGUUGUUGUUGUUGUUUCUGUCAGUACUCCGUCUGACCUCCAGGAGGUGCUGUGACAGUUUGCAUGCCCCCGCAGAAGCUCACGCGAGAAGAGUAUCAUGACGGACGGAUAUUCAUUCCAGUGUUUUUUUUUUGAUAGUCGUGUGCAGUAAAAGUAAAGUUCGCAGAAAAAGCCAAUGUUUUGUUGUUGUUUUAAAACGCCGAACGAUUCUCGGUUUUCAUAAAAAAGUAUUUUGGGACGAAGUAUAAAAUUCACCUUUGCGCUUUUUUUGUUUGACUCGCAUUCCAAGUAUUACACAGCCUCAUUAUUGCCCCCCUGUGGCUGCACAGCAGAUGACACCCAAUCAGAAGUCGCGUUUUUUUUACAACAGAAACCUUUUCCCUGAGCUCAAUGUUAAUGGUGAGUUCCAUUUGUCGUCAAAACUCAGAAUUUCCGAGGUUGUAUAGCUACGAAAGUCUAACAAUGGCUAACCCACAAUACGUUUGCGUCCAUGUUUUUUCUUCUCAGCUUCGCAACUUGAACAUGUCAAAUCCAAAGUCGUGACCAGUUCUGACUUCCGACGUAAAUUGAACACAAAAUAUUCCACAAAUUGUGUCUUUUGUGAGAAAAAAAAAUAGCCGACCAAUAAAUCAUACAAUCGUACGUUCUUCCUAGGCCACAAGGGGGCAGCCGUGCGUCUAUUCUGUGCUCUAAAACAAUAUCCAUUGAGUCAAGCGUAGGGUGAAACUUUGUGCUUCAUCGCACGUUUUUUUUCCAAGUAACGUUUUGGCAAAGCAUUAUGGGAACACUUUGAUUUCAAACCCCGCACUCUUUAGCAUUUAUAAGCAGAAUAUUGACUAUAUAAACACUGUGAAGAUAAAAAAAGUAUAUAAGAAUAACUCAUAACGCGGCAUUAGCAGAGCGUUAAUCGUACUUAAUGAUAUACAAAUGUUCUUAUUUUGUACCUUCAUGCUAACCGAAAUGCUAAUUUGCUUGAAACAAACUUAAUGAAUAUAUAAGCCAACUAUUAAUAUGAAUAGAAAAUAUGUUUGAUUACAGCUGUGCUAUAUCUGUCGUUAUCAGUUAUUCAUUAAGUGGUUAAUAUAUGAUCAUGAAAUAUGUAAAUAAUCUUCAUAAAUGCUACAUUGAUGCUGGUAAAAAAAUUAAAUGUUCCCAGUUUUUCCCGACACAUUCCUGAACUGGAGUAUUCCAGGGAUGAGAAUUCCUACCUUUGAUUUUUCUCCCUUUUACUUUUUUAAAGUAUAAAAGUCUCGGCCAAUCAGACGUAAAGAUGGCUGCAGCUGCGGCGACGCCCACUGCUGAGUCAGCAUUUCUGCUUGAUUCCCUUAAAAAGGUCCGACUUCCUGUGGCAGCUGCAGCCUCCUGGAAUGAUUGAUUGAUUGAUCGAUGAAUGGAUUAAUUGAUGAUACUGAUGACAUCACUGACAUGAAUCUGCUUGUGUUUCUGUGUAUCGGCAUGACGACCAGUGAAAUGUAAAAGUUGAGCCGAUGACGUUUUCAGGUUCAGAUCUCAGACGCGCUGUUUGUGAACUGGCAUGAAAAUUUUAUUGAAAAAUAAUAAAAAAUAUUAAUUAUGA